AUGACGAUCCUCUUCAACCAAGACCUACUGAAGGUUUGGUAUCCUGGGAUUGAUCAAGGAGGCGGCCAAUCUCUACACAUAAAUCAGCCACUACAAUUCUUUUCCAAUAUGAACCCUGACUUCGUCUUCGUCUGGCAAUUUGAACUUGACGUCCGCUAUACAGGAAACUGGUACAAUAUUCUCGAGAAUGCCGAGUCAAGGGAAGAUCCACCUCGUCGCUCACUCAUGGUCACUCCGGGGGUCCGCUUGUCUAGGCAGCUUCUGCAGAUUAUGCAUGAUGCCCAGAGCAUGAACAUACGGUCCCAAACGUUCGCCCACACCACGGUGCUACUCCAUGCUCUCAAAGUAGCCCAAUUCUCCGUACCGCAAUACUUAGACCACCAAGAGGAGGUCGAUGAACCGGAGGAAGACAACAAAAUCUUCAACACCGUCGGGCCGAAUGGCACCUUUACUGACUUUGCUGCGCAAGAUAUUGAUCAAAAUGCGAACACGAAGUACGUUUCGGUGGCGUCUGGAGUUCGAGCAGUAUCCACGGACGUUGUAUCGGCGGUGGUGUGGACUUGA